AGCGAAUAAUUGAAUCAUAAAGGACACGGACGGGCCACCCAAAAGGAUCCAGAAUUCAGGAUCAACAAAGCCGAGCAAAUAAUUGCUAUAUAGUCUGUGUGUGUGUGUGUGUGCGCGCACGGAACGUGGUCUCCCCACCCCAUUUCCGGUGGGUGGAAAAAGAGGAGUGGCAGCAGCGCUGGCAAACGAAGGCGGCUGCAGGGAAAUGACAGCCGUCCUGCUUUAAUUGAAGCCGGGACGUGGGCGUGUGGGCGUGAGGCCCGAAAGUGUGCGCUGCAAUAAAAGGAGGAAACUGAAACGCAAUGUGGCUGAUGCCGCGGACCGUGGACAACGCAACAAAGUGGACGAAAUUGCUUUUGGAACAUUACAGGAUACCACUGGAGGUGGACAGCAGUAGCGGCAGCAGCGGACCAGGCAUUCAUUUUGAUUAAAUUCACGUGAGAACAUUCGCCUUCAAAAUAGCAACUAACAAACGAACGACAAAAACUACAAACUACAAAAUAAAGCUAAAUCAAACUUUAAGUGAACAAUUCAAGCAGCGGCGCGGUGUGCAUGAAAUUCACAGGAGAUAGCAGCCAACAGGAUCGGGAGCAGCAGGAGACAUCUUGUGGAAGUCGGUUUUGCGUGCCGCAGGCAUUGCAACAGCCACACAUGAACACGUCGCUGUGACACGAGGUGGUGCGGAGCGAAGGGAGGCGUCGUCGGUCGCCAGGACGCCAGGAAAACAGCAUAAUUUCGUCAACGGCAGCCGUUUGAACUGUCGUCGCCAGAGCAUAACCCACCAUUCCCCAGGAUCCCGAAACCCCAAACCCAAAUCCCCAACCCGGCCCACAUCAUCAGCAGCGGCAGGAGCGGCAGAAGAGUCAGGAAAGGCGUCACUGUCACAGUCAGCGAUUGUUGUCAGCAAAGGAAAAGUAACAGAAUCGGGGGAACCAGCAGCAGCAGCAGGAGCAGGACCUGGCAUAGCAACACCAUCCUAUCCAAAACUUAAUCCCCAUUCGCCACGACCGCCCCGAUGAAUCUGCUGUGCUGCUGUUGUUGCAGUAACAUGGCACCAAACCAGCGCGUCACACGCAAAUGGGAACUGUUUGCCGGACGCAAUAAAUUCUACUGCGAUGGAUUGCUAAUGUCCGCACCGCACACAGGCGUCUUCUACUUGACGUGCAUCCUGAUUACCGGCACCAGUGCGCUCUUCUUUGCCUUCGACUGUCCCUUUCUGGCGGACAGCAUAAAUCCGGCCAUUCCGAUUGUGGGAGCGGUACUAUACUUCUUCACGAUGAGCUCCUUGCUGCGCACAACCUUCACGGAUCCGGGCGUCAUACCGCGAGCCUCCAACGAUGAGGCCGCCUAUAUUGAAAAGCAAAUUGAGGUGCCAAACUCGCUGAACAGUCCCACAUAUCGACCGCCGCCGAGGACCAAGGAGGUCCUGGUCAAAGGACAAACGGUCAAGCUGAAAUACUGCUUCACCUGCAAGAUCUUCCGGCCGCCGAGAGCCUCGCACUGCAGCCUGUGCGACAACUGCGUGGACCGCUUCGAUCACCACUGUCCCUGGGUGGGAAACUGCGUGGGCAAGCGGAAUUAUCGGUUCUUUUACUUGUUUCUAGUCUCAUUGGCAUUUUUAGCUGUAUUUAUAUUCUCGUGCUCUGUGACGCAUUUAGUUUUAUUGAUGAAGAAGGAGCACGAGGUCUUUAAUGUAAUCAAGGCGGCGCCCUUCACUGUGAUUGUUGUGUUCAUUUGCUUCUUCUCGAUAUGGUCGGUGAUCGGCCUGGCCGGCUUCCAUACCUAUCUGACGACUAGCGAUCAGACAACCAACGAGGAUCUCAAGGGAUCCUUCUCCUCCAAAGGCGGUCCACGCACCCAAAAUCCCUAUUCGCGGGGCAACAUUUGCCUGAACUGCUGUCACAUCCUGUGCGGACCCAUGACGCCCUCGCUGAUCGAUAGACGCGGCAUCGCCACCGACGAGUUCAUCCAGCAGAUGCAGCACCAGUCGAGUCCGCGGCACGCACUGAGCGAUGUGCUGAGUGCCUCGCACAUGGUCACCACCUCGCAGCCCAUGAUGGGCGGUUUGGGUGGUGGUGGCAUCGGUGGUGCCGGCGGCGGCAUCAGCAUUGGUGGAGCGGAGCUGAAGCCCCGAUUCUACGACGAGUCCAAUCCCUCCUCCUCGACACUGGAGGGCAACGGAGGUGCCAUCAAUGGCCAUGGGAAUGGCCAUGGCAACGGCUUCGAUCAUCCGCCGCCCAGUUACGACCUGGUCCAAAACGGUAAGUCCCGCAAGCAUCACCAGCAGCGCUGCUCCCUGCAAACCCUGCUGCCGGCCAGUGCCCAGCAGCAGUUCAAGGCCAGCAAACACAAACACAAGCAACUGAAGCAGCACCUGGUGGCCGCCGAGUUGCAGCAACAUGAGGGCGGUCCAGGACCGGGUCCCAAUUCGCCCUCGCUACUGCGCUCGCCGGCCACGUCCUCCUCCUACCGGUUGAACCUCAAGCGGUCGCUGCACCUGCCGCUGACACCGUCGUACGACGAUGUCCGCCACUCGCCGCUCCCGCUGCUGCAUCACCACGUUCAUGCCCAGCAGACCACAGCCAUUGGCACAGUGGCAGCAGCAGCAGCGGCAGUGGCAUCCGGCGCCAGCGGCACCCAUGCCGGUACCGGCACUGGUACGGGUGGUUCCUCCUCCUCCGCCACCACCACCGCACCCACUUCGGUGUCCGUGUCGUUGGCCACGGCACCACCGCCGCUGGCGCCACGACGCCCGUCGACGCUGCAGCUGCAGGCCAGCGGAGCGAUCUCCGCCAGCAACAGCACCUUGACCACCAUACACACUACGGCGCCACAAGCGCCGGCGCCCACGGACUUCAAAUACUAUUCGCCGCAACGCAGCACCGACUCCAAUCUGAUGAGGAACUAUCCGUUCCCGAAGGCGGCACGCGGAAUGCGCCGCCAGUCGACCAUGUCGGUGGACUCGCAGAAGGUUAAUAUAGCCGGCUAUCAGCCGCUGCCGAUGCGGAAACCGUACAAGCACCAGGAGGUGAUGUUCGAACUGAAGUCGCCGACCAACCGGCUGACGAUUCGCGAGUGCGACUUUGGCGGUGGCGGUGAACCCUGCGAUGACGAUCAGUCGAUCAAGGACAGCCAGAUCUUUCGUGUUAGUAAACGAAAUCUUUAUAUGAAUCACCGGUCGCCGUGGAAGGAGCGCGACCGCUACUCCAAUCUCUACGAGUAUUCGUUCAACAUCGAUCUCAACUCGAUCAUCGAGGAUGCGGCGGGCAGUGACUCGUCAUAGUACGCAGCAGCAGUCCGCUGCUCCGCCGCCAUGGGCCACGGUCACGUCCAUCGCAUCGGUGGGCUGGUCCGUCUCCUGGUCAUCCUCCUCGAUCGGUUGUUGGGCGCUGUACAUAAGGCCGGGCCCUGGCCAGCCCGAUUCCUAAUGCUUCCACGCUUUUGCUAAGGCGCCACAUCGGGUCCAGUUUUCCGGAAUGUGCCCCACUUAUUUGGGGCUACUCUGUUUAGCUUUAGACUCGAGCGAGAGCAGCUUUCUGAUUAUGGCUAUAACUAGGACUUCGUUUAGGAUUUAAUAUAAGGGCUUGACUAGGCAUUGAUUAAGUUUUUUGAAUAGUUUGCCAUGUACAUACAUUUAUUUUUUAAUCAAGGCUGCAAGCCAUUUGUUGACCGAACUAUUUUGAAACGGUUCGGGUUUAUUUUUAAUUCGGCCUGCUUUCACUUAUCCAUGAAACUUAUUUUAUAAUGAAUAACUUGCUUAUUUUCACUAUAAGAUUCAAAACGAAAUGUUAGUUUAAGUUUAAAACCAUAUAACCGGGUAAUUUUUUCACCAUCUAUUUACCAUUUAUCAAUGUGAUUUCUUUGAUUUCGAUUUGCAAGCAAAUAUUUUGCUCAACUGAGUGUUGAAAACUCGGAGCCAAAGCAACGAAGCGAAUAAAUUUAAAAGUUUGCAGCCUUGAUUUUAACUUUGAGGGAAUCUAUCACAGUCUGAAUGUGGCACAUUUGUGAGACUCACUUGGCUUCCAGGAUGCGCAUAGUUGUUAGUGCAAUGUAACUGCUACCCUUUUGCAGCCUGAAAAUCCGCAUCUGUAUCCGUGUAUCCGUAUUCGUAUUCGAAUCUGCAUUUGUGUUUGCACUAGCCCCCCUUUUGUAGAAGUCGAACUUGUAUUUGAUUUGUGUUUAAUGUUUGAAACCACCAACCCUUGCCGUAGACUUCCCCACGCUCCACGUUCCACCUCCAGUUCCAGUUCCAGUCCCCCGAAAAACUUGGUUCAUAGAAACUUUUGCGUUUAUAUAGCACCUGCUUCCCAGGCUAGGUGCGUCGGAUCCCUCCUGCUGCAAGAUGCGUUUGCAAUAGGGGCGACUCGGCGCCAGGGGCCGCUAAAUGCCACCCGUGUAUGUAUGUAUCCACCUUGGUCUACGUCCCAGCGCCGCCACCUCCAAUAGUGAAGACACCAACUAACCAUCUAACCAACUAACCAAGCAACCAAACAACCUACUAACCAGAAAACCAAAGAUCCAAAAAACCAGUAAACCAGUAAACUAGUAAACCAACAUCCCCAGCCAAGCAUGUUUGUGUAAGUUCGCCUGGUAAAGUGCUUAAUGAUUUUGCUUUUUGUUGGGAACCUUGUGAGAUUUUUGUAAAUGAUCGCAGUCACUUGGGCCUUCAGUUGAAUUCUCGAUUAAUUUGUAAGGUUUCAGCCGAACAUGGAUUAUGAACGAAAACUUUAACUUGCAAUUAGUGAAAUUAGCAAAAAACAAUUAAAACCGAAAAGAAAAUAAAAGCAAAAACUUAAUGAGCCAAAAUAACUGCCAUUUAUCGAAGCAACAUUUUGUUAGGACUUUUUUCAUUUUUACAAUGAAAUUUAAAAUUAAUUGUAAACGUAAACUAAACAAUGGAAUUCAAUAAGAAUUUGAUAAACUAUGUAUCAGUGCUAAGGGAACGUCGAAAAUUUUAAAACUAAUAGUGGAAAACGAGAAAUUGUUGCAAACGAAUUGAAUAUCAAAUAUCGAAUAUGUCUUAAUCUUGAAUAUUGGAACAUUGCCAAGUGACUGCUGCAAAUAAUUAGCAAUAAACAAAAUACCGAACAGUGCGAAAUGUUGAAAUUGAAAUGAAAAUAUGAAAAUGAAAACGAAUAUUGAAAUUGCAAAUAUUUAUACCUAGUUCGUAAUAGUUGAAAGGCAAACAUUUUUCGGGCACUAGAUUGCUGGACUUUUGUGGAGGUGAAAAUCGUAGGUUAUAUAUGUAAGCCAGCUUAAAGACAUAAUUGCGGCUCAAAUGCCGCCUACAAGGCUUUAAAUCUUGAGCAUUAACAAUAUUAUGGGUUCCUUUUAUAAUUAAUUGCAAGUGUAAUGCGCAUUAGCCAGAUAAUUGAAGUUGUAGCUAGUUAUAUAUAUUAUAUAUAUAUAUGAAAGCGAGUGUUAACUGAUGAAAACGUAAAUUUAUACAUGUACUUAUAUACACACACAUAUGUAUGGUUAAAUGUUGGGCAAUAACGUGUAUCUAGCGUAUGUUUAAUGUGGAUCGAAAGCAGAUCCAUAACUAUCUAUAAGUACUAAUCCCGAUGUUGAAGCGUAUCGCAUCCUUUCAGGAAGAUCGUGAGACCUACUUGCGAUCCUGAACGGUUAUUGGAACCAUAUAUGCAUAUGUAGCCCCCGCCGCAUCAUCCACACACACAUAGACACGAAAUGAAGGCUUCAGAUACUCCGCUCCUCUACAUUUUCCAUUAUCCAUUAUCCUUUAGGCUCCCUGAUUUUGGUUUUGACACACAAAAAAAGAAAUGCUAUAACCCUCCUCCUGAUUUAUCGCACACUAAUGUCAAACUCUUUCUGUAUCUUUCAACUUGACUCUGGGAUUAACUAACAAAAAAAAAAACCAAACAAUAUUUACAAAUUUGUGUCUGUAACUAUUUAAUGACCCAAACAAAAACUGCAAUUGAGCGAAAGUUGUCGAGGGCCGCUUAAGACUAGAGUAAAAAUGCAUUUUAAGCCUUAAUUGG